AGAUUCUGCCGAGGUGCUUAAUAUUGGUGAUACCGAGGGUUUAGAAUUGGGUCUGAAAGAAGAUGUCAAGAAUGGUCAUGAUAAGGUUACUAAUGAGUUAAGUGGGAGGCAGUUAAGAAGUAGGAAGAAUGUGACUCGGGAAGAUUCAAAGAAGAAAAGGAACGGCAAAGGAGGUGAUAAGGUUAAAUUGUUGGAUGAAAGUUCUGAAGACAAAAAUGGCCCAAAGCAAUUGAAGAGGAAUGCUAGAAAAGGAGAUCAGUGUGUGGCAUUCAGCAGUGACGUGGAAAAGGUUGAAGUUGUUUCUAGGGUGACAAGGCUGUCUAGGGCACAAUCCAAAGAUGUAGCUUCUAUGUUUAAAAAUGAAGUUAAAAUAGUUGAGGUAAAGGAUGGAAAUGAAACAGAGAAGCUUCUGAGACGAACAAAACAUAAUUCAGAAAAAGAUUAUGCUAAAAGUGCUACAUCUGUGAAAAGUGAUACUCGGGUAACGAAGGUUCAAGAGCAAUCUGAAAGAGACAUUGCACUUGUGGAACCUCCAGAAUGUUUAAGGAGACGAUCUUCCAGGCGAAAAUCUGUUGUAUCUCAGAGUUAUAAGGGGGCAAAUAAGGAAGAAUUCCUGAAAGAGGAGACCAGAAAACGAAGUAGAACUACUGAAUUGGAAGCUAUUGUGGAAAAUAGUAGUGAGGUUGAGAGGGACAUGCACGUGGUUACGUCACAACAGCAAGCUCCCUUGAGGAGUAGGCGCAAGACUGUGGUUCUUAUUGCUUCAGCUUUCGAUAUGGCAAAUAAAGAAGAUAUCGGUGGAAUGGAGCACUUAAGAUCACGACUUCUAGGGAAAGGCUCUAAUGAAGAAUUGGAUGCGAUUGUGGAAGAUAGUAGUGAGGCCGAGAGGGUGAAGUAUGCCGUUACUUCACAACACCAAGCCCCCUCGAGAGGAGCAGACGCAAGACUGUGAUUCUUGCUUCUCCAGCUGUAAAGUU